UUUAACCCCAAAUCCCUCAAACGCGGCCGAGGAAGAAUUGUGUCGACAUUAGGUUCAGAUUGAGGGCACCAUGGCUGAUGAGUUGAAAGAUUGGUCCGAAUUGGGAGAGGAUCUUCUGCUUAUGAUCGGGCAACGGUUGAUCACUCUAGACGAUAUCAUUAGAAUCCGAGCUGUUUGUAAUCCAUGGAGGCGAGCCCUUCGAGCCGAGCAGCUGCGCAGGUUCUCCCCAUCCUCACAUUGGCUCAUGCUGCCUUAUUGCAGCAGCGACAACAUGAACAUGAGUACUCCUAUUAGCAGGCAUACUAGUUCCCCAGACGUGGACCUGGCCAUUCCCAGUAUUGGGUGCAAAGGUUCCGAAACCUGCCGCUGCUUUUUUGACGUCGUGCUGCAUCAAUUUCACCACAUCGAGUUCCCUCGACACCUACGCAACAAAACCUGCCGUGGAUCCACAAUGGGGUGGCUGUUUAUGGUGGGAGAUACGCCCGAUAUGUCCUUGUUUAACCCAGUUACUAAGACCGAAAUCUCUCUACCACCCAUUACGUCUUUUCCUGACGUGUUAGGGUACGACCCUGAAAAACUCCGGCUUGAAUACCUGCUUCGAGAUUAUACUGGCUUCACGACAUCGCUGGGCAAGAAGUAUAUGGAGAAGGAAUACAUAAUGAGAGUUGGUAUAUCAGCCGAACCCACAACAGAGGAAUGCAUUGUAAUGGCCAUCCGUGUGAAUUCCGAUAAGCGCUUAGCGUUUUGCAGACCUGCGGAAAUUGAAGCGGGGUGGAUAUUCGUUCCUCACGUUGAGGAGGAUGGAAUACCCUCAAGAAUUGGUUAUGUGGAUAUGGUUUUCUGGAGGGAUCAGUUUUAUGCCAUUGACUUUCGUGGGAACGUUCUUGUGUGUGAUUUCUCUGCUAACCCACAUUAUCCAACCCUAUCAUACUUUUUGUCUCCCGGUGCUUUUUCUGUGUGCGAGACUCUUUACUUGGUUGUAUGUCCUGCUGCUGUUACUGGAGGUGAUGAUGAGUUGAUGGUGGUGACUAGGCAUGCAAGUUACGUUUCGAAUCAGGAAAUUGAAGUUGAUCCUGUUGCUGCUGGGGACGCGGAUGAUGCUGCGGUUGAUGAUGCUGAUGAUGAUGGUCAUGUUAAUGUGUAUGAUAGUGAUUCCGAUGAUGAACAGCUAGGCAGAGGGGCAGGAGAAGGAGGAAGGGUAGGCGAAGCUGCUACCAAACCUUACUGGACCGAAAAGUUUCGAGUUUUCAAGCUGAAUAAGGGUGCAGAAGGAUGGGAUAAAGUGGAGAGCUUCGGUGAUUUUGCGUUGUUCUUGGGUUUCAACACUCCUGGUACUUUUGUCUCCAUUAAAGACUAUCCUGGAUUAUUACCAAAUUCCAUUUAUUUCACCGAUGAUGUGGUCGAGUUCCAUUAUCAUCCACUAUGGAAGAAUCAAGCAGCCAUUUUGGAUUUGGUUCGUGAUGAAUAGUCGUGUUGAGAUCUCAGUUUUGCGUUAUUGGUUGUAUGGAUGAGGUGUGGUAUAAACCUGUAUAAGUAGGCAAUGCCUCUCCUUUACCUGCAUGAGUUGACUUGACUACUGCCUGUAUGUCCCAGGUUAGCCAUCCUCUCCUUCAGGUUGCUUUGGUACAUUGAUGAAGCCCAGUUUUCAAGCAUUUGUACAUUGUUACCCCUUGCUUUACUCACAAACAUAUGCAGAUUUGUUUUGAAGUUCAAUAGAUUGAUUAACUAAACCUUUUCUUUCUUUUGUUUGGCUCAAAUGUUGUGUUGAGAAGUCUCUUACAUGAGGUAGCUUGCUGUUGCUUUUAAGGUACUGAUUGCAGCAUUGCUCUUCAAGUGGUUCUGCUUCUCUUCCAUUGGGGGCUUUGCUCUCCACCUAGUGUUGUUUUACUGCCCACGGGACAUAGCAGUCAAGAGAGAGAAGACCACAUCGAUCACAUGAUUGCAGCUAAGGAAGUACUGUGACUGUAUCUUAUUCAUCAGACACUUGCGUACUGUCAUCUUUAAUGAACAAAAAAUUAAUGCUUUGCUACCCCAAGCCUUUGAGGCCACAAGCUAUUUCUCAUUUAAGCCUUUGUUCUGUAAUUAAGAUGGUAGAUUUUACUUUUCUAUAGCUCUCUUUCAAUUGUGUGGCUGGUUUUGACAUGAUUUUUGGCUUCUUUCAGAUUUUACAUUUCAUUCGACAUUUCCUGUUUUCUUCAUUGAGCACUGAUGAUUUUUUCGUUAUUCAGUGUCGACAUGUUUCCUUUGAGUUGAUCUCGAAAUGGAAGCCUUAUGGUAUUCAUAUGCACAUAAGUUUAUGUUCAGGUAGAAUUUACCUUCUUUUUUUUUCGUUUUGAUAUGUUCAGGCAAACUUCCUCCUUCGUCCCGGUCCAUUCAUUAUGGCCAUGGAUUCAGAGCCCUUCUCUAGCCAAUUCAAUAUGUUCUUCUUUACUGAACAAAAUGCGGUUAGCCUCAUGUGUGUUUAUGUAUGCAUAUGCGUUGUGUUAAGAUUAAUCUGACUUUCAAAAAAGUUUCCCUUCAGGUUCACAUCAUUGGUCGGCGACAUGAAGACCAUCAGAAGAAUUACCUGCAUCAAUCCAGAAUUUAAUCAAGGAUUCAGCUAGCAUCAGUCUAAAAUUUAUUCAAGUUUUCAUAAAUUACCUGCACUCCAUUUUUACUUCCAUUCUUUGUACACAACCAGUCAUUUGUCUCUUUAGGAGAUGUGGUGAUUGGAUGUAUUUCCGGUGUGAAUGGAUGUUGAUACAGUCGCACAAGAGUGAAAUCUAUGAUGUGAAACUUAGGUUUAUGGAUCAUAUUUUGCUUUCAAUUUGCAAGACAUGCAAUUGCUCUUUGAUUAUAUAUUAGUAAGCUGCAAUCCAUGGGUUCACUUUUGUCUGUCUGUUGGCGGUAGGUUGGGAAUCCAGGCCACACCGUAUGAGAAAUCAUGGUUUAGAUAGGAUCGUACAAUGUGGUUCGGAUCGUGAGACCAGAAUUACAGUUUGAUCUGGCUUGUGGUUUCCCUCUUUAGUAUGUGGUCUGGCACAGUAUGAACCGCGAAAAAUUGUGGUUAUUCGUGGCAGACCGUGACACACUACCCACUAAUUCAAAAUAAAAUAACACUCUAUCUCCAUUUAUGCAUUUGGAACAACAAACCAAGCUUGAUUAGGUUUGCAAAUAAGCCAGACUGCUCACAAGCAACUCGGUAUUCGACUUGUAGAAAGCUUGCUCGAAACUGAACUUGUUUACUAACAAAUUUGAGCUCAACCUUGUUUAGCUUGUGAGGAAAUCGGCCAGCUCAUUUCGGUUGCUCAUUGAGGUUAACUCAUGAGUUGGCUUGUUAUGAGCUCAUGAGUUAGCUAAACAGUGUGGAUAGCGAGCCAACCAACUAGCGAUGUAUUACUUAAUCGAUCUAUAACUUAUUAGUUGACUUGUUGAUAGUUUAUUAAUUUGUUAGAUUGUAUAUUUUACAAUAUAAAAUUGGUUAAAGCAUUAGACUAGGUGAUCAAGUAUGUAUCAUUUAUAAUUUGAAAGAAAUUAUCUAUUAUAUUCAACAACAAAAAUUAUUUAUUAUAUAUUGCUUACCUACUUAUUACUAUUAAAUUACAUUAUAUGAUAUGAACUCGUUAGAAACUAUGAACUAAAUAUGAUUCUAGGAUAUAAGCUUGUGACCAGUUAGCCAUGAAAAAUUAUUAUAUUUUAUUAUAGCAUAUUAACCACAUGUAUCAUAUUUGGUAUACAAAUAUUGAGAUAUCUAAUUUACCAAUUAUUUAGAUUUUAAUUAUUGGGACUUUAUCAAUUAUUUAGAUUUUAAUUAUUGGGAUAUCUAAUUUAUCAAUUAUUUAGAUUUUAAUUAUUAUGAUAUCUAAUUUAUCAAUUAUUUAGAGUUUAUUAGGGGUUCCAGCCAUUUAGAAUGAUAAAUGAGGUUAGCUCGAUCCGAGCUAGAGUAGAUCGAGCUCCUGAGCUCAUUAAUGAGUCGGGCUCGAGUUAACUAUAGUCGAGUUUGAGCUAAGAUUUUAUUAAAUGGCUCGAUCUAGGCUCAUUUUCCAAUGAGUUGAGUCUGAGCUAGGCCAAAACUCGGAUCAGUAGCUCGUUUGUAGCCCUAUGCCUGAUCAAUCUGAUCAUGGGGAGCAAACAACCUGAUCCUACUAUUAUAGAUUUAAGUACAAUCACAACAAAUCUAUUGAUUUUUCAUCCAACUAAAAACCAAAAUACUGCUGAAGCGAUCCCUUUUGCGUUAUCUGCUAAUAAAAGAAGCACACAUAACAAGAAAAGAUGAGAAAUAAUCAUCUACUCCACUAGCCAUGUCUAGACUUCAGAGUCGAUAAUAUAAAAAAAAUAAAACAAAUUUAUCUACCUGGGUGAGAUAAGAGAAAUUCCUGCAAGCAAAGCGGCCAACCUAGUGGUUCAAAAUGGUCUCGACGUUGUCAGGUUGGAGAUUGAUGAGUGCGAGAACCUUCGGACCACUUGAGAGAGGGAGAGAAGCGAUAGCACAAAAUUAUUUGUGGUGUAUUUUAUUGUUAGUGGAUACUAGAGUGGGAGUAAGAAAUCGAAAAAGCCCACUUCCCCCUCAUAUUUUUUCACAGGUUAAUUACGGUCACUAAAUUUUUGUAUCACUAGGAUAUUGGACACUAAACUUUUUAUUUUUAUGGAUACCGGGUACGAUCGGUGGAAAGGGAAUGAGUGAAAUUUUGUUGAACAUGGUCUACGUGGUGCAGACUAUAACGACUUGCACCAUACAAGUGUGAUCUGGACAAUAUAAUUAGGGUUAAUAUCUUAUUUUUGCUCGAACUAUACCCGUAUAACCAACUUUGGCCCGUAGUUUCAAAAAUUAACAUCUUAGCCUCAACUAUACACCAUAUAGACUAAUUUGGCCCAAUUCAGAAAUUUCCGUCAAAUUAAAAAGUCAACAUUAUUGACCGUUAGUGAAUCACCAUGCUAUUGUGACGUGGAUGCCAUGUGAAACAUAAAAUUAAUAAAUAUUUCAAAAUUUUAAUAAAAUAAAAUAAAAAGAUAAAAAUGAGAUUUUAUCUGAUUAUUAUACCCCUAACUAGGGAUGGCAAUUUUGCCCAUACCCAUGGGUAUUUUACUAUCCAACCUAAUUGGGUUGGGUAUGGAUUCCAAAUAAAUGGUAGAUGGGUAGAAUUAGAUGGAUUUGUACCCAUACCCAUUUACUUGGGUUGGGUUGGGUUUUUAACAAAUGGAUUUGGGUUUGUACCCAUGCCCAAAGGCAAAUUACAGUUUGGUACCUAAACUUAAUAGAUAUGCAAAUUUAGCACCUAAAUUUAAUUUUUUUUACAUAUAAGUCCUCAAAAUAUUGAUGGAAAAUUACAUUUUAGUACCUAAAAUUUUUUGGUCUUACAUUUUGGUACCUAAACUUUUCGAGUUUUACAAAUAGGUACAAUUUUUGUGUGUGUAGUUAAAACACCCUCAAGUAAAUGGAUAUCUAUAUCCAACCCAUACCCAUUUACAUAAUGAAAGCAAUAUCCAUACUUAACCCAAAUCCAUCUACAAACCCCCAAACCCAUAUACACUUUAUCCAAACCCUACCCAUACUAAAUGGAUCUAUUUGGAUUUGGGUAAAAUUACCCAUGGGUGGGUAAUUGCCAUCCCUACCCCUAACCAGUACCAACCACCAGCUUAUCCCCCGCAAUCACAUAAUAAUUAGACCCCUAACCAACCCCCGUCGCCGCCAGCACCCCAACUAGCAACAAUGGACAGAGAUUCCUCCGACUAACACGACGAUCUCGAGAGCUUCCUGAAGCAGAACAAAAGGAAGAAUCCACAUCCCAACCCUCAUCACCAACCCUAAUGCUAUCUCCGUCGCUCACCCCUCCUCUUCUCUACACAUCGAGGAUCUCCGCCUUCGAAUUUAGCUCCACCCCUCUUCCGCCUCAAUCUCCAUUUUCUUAACCUGUCAGCCUCCAAAACUGGAAUUCGCCCUAACCCUAAUUCCGUCCAGCUCCAAAUCGGGAACAGAGCGAAAAGAAGAUGCAGGUAUGGGAUCUGCAGCGGCUUCCUCGUGGUCUUCUUCCUCGACUGCCGUUUGACUGGUGAGAGGUGAUGGUGGUUUUGCUUUAGCUACUGUGGCGGCCUUAACAGAUAUGGGGGUUUUAGAGGUUUUCAAUGAAGGUAAUUUUUGUGGGUGAAUGUUUUCUGGACAGAAACAAGCAAAACAGAGUGAUAAAAGAUGAGAUUCGGGCAGGAAAAAGCCUCAAACUCCAUGCGUUUCAGCUCUCCGCCGUCACCCCAAAGCUUUACCAAUCUCCAAAACCCACUCAAAGAUGGGUUGAUGACUAGAGAAAUUCGGCAAUAAUAGAGAUCCACCAAGAGCAAGAUCGUCGGCCACAAAAGCAAAUUUGGGAUUUUUCCCAUUAUUUAUUAAUUAGAUAAAAAAAAUAAAAAAAAAUUUGAAUUUCGAAUUUUUUAUUUGUUCAUUGCUAACAUUGACGUCAAAAUAAACGGUCAAACCACGCGUUCGACCAAUGAAGUCUAUAUGCGGUAUAAUUGAGACUAGAAUGUUAAUUUCUGAAACCAAGGGCCAAAGUUGAUUAUAUGGUAAUACUUCAGGUCAGAAUAAAGUAUUAACCCUAAAAUAUAUUGCCUGGUCCAUCAUAUAUGUUUUAGGGGUCGUUUGCUUGUUGAAUUUGGGUCAUGGAUUUGGUACCCAAAUCUCAAAUUUAAUGGAUUUAACACAAGUCCAUUGUUUGUUGAAGGGUGCUAAAUCCGUGGGGUCCACGGAUUUGGUCUUUAUUUUGGAACCAAAUCCGUGGACCCCACUGACUUGUAAAUCUCACAUAUUGAUUUGGGAUUUGCAAAUCUUUGAUGGUUAGUUAUUUAUUUAACAAAUCCAUCAUCAAAUCUAUCAUGCAAACAUUAGACUCUUCAAAUCCAUAAUCCAAUAAAUCCAUCAUAAAUACCAAGGUUUUUGUUGGCCAAAACCCUCAUUUUUCAAAUCCAACAAGCAAACGACCCCUUAGUCUUUUAGACUCUCGAUAUGAACCACGAACCAUGGUUCGGUCUGAUCCGCACCGCGC